UUUUCUUCUAAUUUUGUUAACCCCCGUUCCCUUUUCCUCGUCUCCAACUCCCGACAGUUCUACCUCCGUUGAACUUUGAAUCGUACCGUCUUAAGUUCGUAAAACCCUAGAAUAAAGAAGUAUCAGCGUGAACGAGCAGGUUAUCUGUCUGAUUGUCUCACAAUCCGCAGAUAGUGAGCGAGAGUACUGAGAACCAGGAAGCAAUAAAAAAAUGCAGAUUCUCCUGCGAAAACUACUGCACACAAUGUCUCGCAAACGAAUUGAGUUUGAUGUUUUCCAGGCAGUUGGCCGUCGCACAUAUUCUACCAGGAAGCUCGCCGAUAUUGGACAACCAACUCCAGCAUCUCAUCCUCAGUUAAUGAAGGAAGGAGAGAUUACACCUGGAAUAACUGCUGAGGAAUACAUUGGCAGAAGAGAAAGAUUACUAGAACUCCUUCCUGAACGUAGUUUGGCCAUUAUUGCUUCAGCCCCUGUAAAGAUGAUGACAGAUGUUGUGCCUUAUACUUUUCGACAAGAUGCUGAUUACUUGUACAUUACUGGCUGCCAACAACCAGGUGGUUUGGCGGUUUUGGGUCAUGAAUGUGGUUUAUGCAUGUUCAUGCCAGAAGCAACACCUCAUGAUAUUUUGUGGCAAGGGCAAAUUGCUGGCAUUGAUGCAGCAAAGGAGGUUUUCAGAGCAGAGCAGGCAUAUCCAAUGAGCAAAUUAUAUGAUAUCCUUCCAGAUAUGAUUAGAAGAUCCGCCAAAUUGUUCCACAAUGUGCAGACAGCUACACCAACUUAUAUGGAUUUAGAGGCCUUUCAAAAGGCAGCUUACGUUGACAAAGUGAAAGCCCUUUCUAGUUUAACCCAUGAGCUGCGGUGGGUAAAAUCCCCAGCAGAAAUUAAUUUAAUGAAAGAAUCUGCAUCAAUUGCUUGCCAGGCUCUUCUGCAGACAAUGUUCCAUUCAAAGAAAUAUCCUAAUGAAGGGAUGCUAUCAGCAAAGGUUGAAUAUGAAUGCAAAAUGAGAGGUGCCCAGAGAAUGGCAUUUAAUCCUGUGGUUGGUGGUGGGCCAAAUGGCAGCGUUAUACAUUAUUUCCGAAAUGAUCAAAAGAUUAAUGAUGGUGAUCUUGUUUUGAUGGAUGUUGGAUGUGAGUUGCAUGGUUAUGUUAGUGAUCUUACUCGUACAUGGCCACCCUGUGGUAGCUUUUCUUCUGAACAGGAAGAGCUUUAUGAUCUCAUACUCAAAACAAAUAAAGAAUGUAUGACGCUCUGCAAGCCUGGUACUAGCAUCCAUCAAAUGCACAACUAUUCGGUUGAGUUGUUGUCCAAAGGAUUCAAGGAGCUUGGCAUUUUGAAAAAUGAUAAAUUCUACCACCAGCUGAAUCCAACUUCUAUAGGUCAUUAUUUAGGAAUGGAUGUCCAUGACAGUUCAAUGAUUAGCUGUGACCGCCCUUUGAAGCCAGGUGUUGUGAUUACAAUUGAGCCAGGAGUUUACAUCCCAUCUUCUUUUGAUUGUCCAGAGAGGUAUCAAGGCAUUGGGAUAAGGAUCGAAGAUGAAGUUCUCAUUACCGAAACAGGAUAUGAGGUGCUCACUGGGUCAAUGCCCAAAGAAGUUAAACACAUUGAAUCCUUGCUAAAUGAAUACAGCCUAGGCAUUGGAAUGGAGAACCAUAAAAGUGUCAGAGCGGCAACCAGCUGACAAUACCUUCCGCACGAAAUGGAGACAGAUUGAAUUGUUUGCGGAGAAGUGACACUCCCAAGGUAUUUUAUUUCCGACAAGAUCAGUCUAUUUACUAAUCCCAAAAAAGAUGGAGAUCUCGCCCAUUUUAUUUCCUCACGCGGGGGUGGGGGGGGGCUCUCUAGCUAUUUAAUUGCAUACGAGAUAUUUACUAUGUAGUACGAAUUUUGUGUUAGGAAAAAUCUGUCCAUUCUACCAUUUGGCUACCUCGUUAUUUUUUACCUUCGAUUUGCCGAUAGACAUUGAUGAUAAGUAGGUAAGAUUAUUGGCACCUAUCAAUACUUCCCGCAUUUAGUCUGUAUGGGUGUGGGUGUAUAUUUAUUAUAUGAGAAACUUGUAUCCAUGGCCCUGUCAUUUAAAAUUUGACAAGGGAGUGGUAGUUUAGGGCGGAUGAAGAGCGGAGAGAAUCCCUGGGUCGAUCAAAACAGUGAUGAGUUGUAAGGGUCUGUUUUGUGAAUUUGUAAUUUAAAUUUGUUAGGCUGGGAGUUUGGUAUUUUUGAUAAAUGGUUCGGUUGGGGACCAAACUGGUAAGGAAUUGAUUUAUGAGAUGACCAAAACGGUUGCGUUUUAGGUA